UUUUCACUCUUUCCUCUUAUCUCUGAAAACAGAAAGUGACCUCCCUGCAUCGGUCUUACGUUAUUUGCACGACGUACACCAGAGUAAUUGCUGGGGCAAGGAGAUAACAUUUCUGCACUACAGGAUCUGAACCAAAAAAUGAGCACUCUGAGAUCUGAGCGGAAUAAGAACAUUUAAGCCAGAAACAUGCUGAUGGAAAUAAAAGGCCUACAUUUCUACAUUCUGCUCCAUUUGAUUUGUAGUUCUGGAGCUCAGGACAUCACUGCUGAGCAAGAUGUCUAUGACAAGGACGUAACAACAAUCCCAGAAACACUGAAAGAUGGAACCAAAGAGCUCUUCUUUGUUGGUAGUCAGAUUGAUGUCAUACCAAAUGGAGCAUUCUCCAAAAACCCUCAGCUGGAGAAAGUGGAAUUUCUUGGUACAUCGACGUCAUCUGUAGAAGAAGGUGCUUUUGAAGGUUUAGAGAAGGUGGCCACCAUUGAGAUCUCAGGAACCAAACUAACAUCACUGCCUGUUGGAGUUUUUAAGAAUCUUCCCAACCUUAAUACUUUAAUUCUUAAAUCAAACCACAUUCAAAGAUUGGAAAAGGGACUUUUUGAUGGUCUCAGUGCUCUUGAGAAACUGCAUCUGCAUAUUAAUGAGAUUUCAUCAAUUGACGAAGGAACGUUUGAUCAGUUGGAGAAUCUUCAGGAAAUUCACCUUGCAAAGAACAAACUCAUCUCCAUUUCAUCAGCCCUUUUCUCUAACCUCAAGAAACUGCAGGUGUUUAGAAUUUAUGAAAACCAGUUGACAUCUAUGCCAGAUGGAAUAUUUGAUAAUCUGCAGAAUCUGAAGGAAAUCGCUAUAUAUGGCAACAGAAUUACAAACAUACAACCCGAUUUGUUCCCACAUAAAAACAAAUUGACAAAACUUUUUUUGGACUCUAAUCUCUUGACUGAACUGCCACCGGAGCUAUUUGUGGACUUUUCUGCACUCAAAUCUUUAACUCUGCAUCACAACCAGCUCACCAGUCUCCCAUCAGUCCUGUUUAGUGAAACUCAAAAAAUUACUGAAGUUGGUCUAAACAGCAAUAAUCUCACAAGUUUACCUGCAAAGGUCUUUGCCCCACUGAAGAAGAUAAAGAAGCUAGACCUGUCAUCAAAUCAAUUUUCACAUCUCUCUGGAGAGUUUUUUGAGGGUCUUGAGAAACUUUCAGAGCUUAAUCUUCAGAAAAAUUCCAUUGAAUCAGUUAAAUCAGAUGACUUUGCACAUCUACAGUCCCUUUUAACACUUAAUCUGGCUAAAAAUAACAUAAGAAACCUUCCAGGGGAUGCUUUCGAUUCUCUACCAAAGCUCAGUAAAUUGUAUUUGAACGAUAAUCCAUGGCAGUGUGAUUGCAACCUGCUGCCAUUCUACACGUGGAUGAAAGACAAUGAGGGGAAAAUACGAUCUCCAGAGAGUAUAACUUGUGAGAACCCUGAAGAUCUGAGAGCACAGUCUGUUCUUUCUUUAAAAGAGGAUCAACUCAUAUGUCCCACAACUGUGCGACCCACUACAACAACUCUGCCACCAACAACAACAACAGCAACAACCACAACUCUUCCAGUCACAACAACUGUGCCUACAACAACUCCAACAACCACUAUUACAACCACAACCUUACCACCAACAACGCGUCCAACUACAACAACACUUCCAACUACAACAACAACACUCCCAACUACAACAACAACACUUCCAACUACAACAACAACACUUCCAACUACAACAACAACACUCCCAACUACAACAACAACACUUCCAACUACAACAACAACACUUCCAACUACAACAACAACACUCCCAACUACAACAACAACACUUCCAACUACAACAACAACACUUCCAACUACAACGCCAACCACAACUCUACCUACCACCACCCCAGAAACCACUAGGCCUACAACUCCACUUCAGACUACAACUACAACUACAACACCCACCACUACAGUUACAACCACAGCACCAACAACUACAGUUACAACCACAGCACCCACAACUACAGUUACAACCACAGCACCCACAACUACAGCAACAACCACAGCACCCACAACUACAGCAACAACCACAGCACCCACAACUACAGCAACAACCACAGCACCCACAACUACAGCAACAACCACAGCACCCACAACUACAGCAACAACCACAGCACCCCCAACCACAGCAAUGACCACAGUACCAACAACAGUACCCACUACUAUUGUGACAACCACAGUACCCACCACUACAACAACAACUACAGCAACCACUACUACAGCAACAACCACACCACCCACCACUACACCAACAACCACACCACCCACCACUACACCAACAACCACAGUAAUGCCAACCACAGUUACAACGCCAAAAGCUACAACAACAUCUCUUCUGACAACAGUCAGAACAGUCGCCAUCACACCCAAGACUUUUGUUUGCUCUGGAUCCGUCUACUCUCAGCACUCAUCCUCUUUACUUCAUUCUUCUUCACAAGAUGACAGGGCUUCAUCAUGCAAGGCUUUGAUGAUUUCCUACACCAUUAUGCUGACACUGGAGAUCUGCUGUACAGUGGUACUGGCCAAGUUUACAUACUCUCUGUACUGUUCUCUUGAAGAGAAAGAAAGAUUCUACUCUAGAGUCAACCUGACUCGAUUCUCCUACAAAAAAUCCAUUACAUUAAGACCAGUCUAUGAGAUUGAAACUGUGGCUCUAUAAGAACCUGAAUGAACUGUCUAGGUUGUACCUAAUGGAACAGUAUACAACUAUGGUAUGUUAAUAGGCGGUAGUAAUGUACUGUAAUACUAAAGAUCAUGUACAGAUCAUGUUGUUGCCAUCAGCAGCCAGACUCUGAGAAAAAGUGCAAUUGGCAUUGUGUGAUGUAGGUCAGCACAGGCAUCUCUCAGCUGAUGUAUCAAAGAUGGAUUGCUGUGCUUCCUUCUGAGUGUCCUGGCUCACUGGUGAUGCUCCAUCAGCAGCAGUUGGAAAAGAGGCGGUGGCUGACUUCACAUGUGUCAGAGGA